ACAAGAUAAAUCGUAUGUCAUUUUUAGAAAAUGGCGAAUGUACGUGAUAGCGAUACAUCUUUGUGGCUUCAUAAUAAACUAGGAAUAUCGAACGAUUCCUGGACCGGGGGCUCGAUAUGUUCGCAAUUGAAUGCCGAAGUGUUGAGGAACAUUAAAGAUUGUUUUCCAGACUUGCAGACGCAGGUCAAGUUAAAAUUAUUACUCAGUUUUUUUCAUAUCCCGCGCAGAAACCUGGAAGAGUGGAAAACGGAAUUGGAGCAAAUUUUGGAAGUCGCUCUGGGCGACUCCGAGCUGUGGGUCGCUAUGUUAGCAGACGCUUUGAAAACAUAUCCUUCCACUGGAUCUCUAAAUACAGAAAUUUCGGAUGUGGACGAAGUCCGGCCUAUUUUCAAUGAUCUGAUUACCGAUUUACGAAGACUUGUACGUAAACAGAACGAUCACACGAUGCUUCCUAUGGAAUGUCACUAUUUGAACAAAGCUGCGUUAGUGUCAGUUGUUGGCCAUAGACCUGAUCCUUUGAAACAUUUCACGAUAAAGAAGAAACCAAAGUCUGCUUUAUUGAGGACCGAUCUCUUGCAAAAAUCCUUGGACGCUGCCUCUAAUUUAAAUAAAAAAUCCUGUGCUCCAGUUAUACCUGUAAGAUCUAGAGGCAUGCCUAGGAAAAUGACAGAUACCACUCCAUUAAAAGGUAUUCCAAGCAGAGUACCUACAUCAGGUUUUCGACCUGCGUUAAAUAGCAGCGCAAACCGACCGCCUCUAUCCAGAGGUCCUGCUGGUAGAAAAGAAGGAGGUGUUAAAUUACUGGAUAUAGCCGAUCAACCCCUCGGUUAUGCAGCAGCAAAGAAACGAAAGAAGAUGCAAGAAAUCGAGGAAGCUAAGAAAGUUACAGAAACCACAGCAUUGCAAAGCCCCCCUCAGCCCGCCGCUGGUGCUACGCCCGAUUACGCCGCUGGCUUAGCCCCGACUCCGACUUAUGCACCGCCUCCUACCCCACAACCCGCCGGCACUUCAUCCAUAGUAACCACUGUACCGGUAACGUUGGCCGCACAACCGGCUGUUAUUCAGCCACCGCCUUUGACGUCGACUUCCGCUUCUCCGGCUCCGGUUUCCGCUACUCAAGUCUCGACAGCAGCUUCCGUAUCGACGCCCCAACCGGCCGUGGCCGUUACGCAGCAAUUCAUCCACACUAUGCGACAAGUACCGCCGCUUUUGGCCACGACGCCUGCCGGACAACGAACCAUUAUCACCUCCGAACAAAAUGUCCAACCCGUUCAACAGGUGCAAACUCAAAUUAUUGGUACUCCUGUGGUGGUAGCCCAACGUCCUGUGCAGCCUCAACAAACCGUCACUCAUAUCAGAAUACAGCCACAACCGACGACGAAUGUUUUGCAAAGAAAAGGGCUCGCUCUCACGAGGGAACAAAUGUUGGAAGCUCAGGAUAUGUUCCGGACGGCGAACAAAGUUACCCGGCCCGAAAAGGCGCUUAUUUUGGGUUUCAUGGCAGGAUCUCGCGACAACCCUUGUCCACACUUGGGUAAUAUAGUAACAAUCAAACUAUCAGAGGAUCAAGAGAACGUCCUUCAGCCGGACGAUACCUAUCUCACUAUGUUGGUGGAAACUCACUUCCAGAUGAAUUACAACAACGGCGAGUGGAAACGAAUAAAGAAAUACAGGCACGUGGAGAAUGUUGUAGAUCAAAUUCCUCAAAAUACGGCGACAGCGGCUUUGGUUUGACACAAACAAAGCGUAAUUUGAUAGUAGAAAAAUCAUAGUUAUGACCAAUUUGACAUAUUACACGUUUUUUGCAACGGCAUACCUCGGAAAAUGCGAGUUCGAAUUUUGAGGUCGGCUUUAGCAUUAUUGAAGUUGUGAUUUAAGUUUUGUUGAAGAAUUUCUUUAGUUUUUACUUCGCUGUAUAAGGAAAUGUACAAUAAUUUUUUUAGUGUGGACUGAAAUAUUUGCUAAAUACAAUAUAGUUUUAUAUUUAUAUAUAUAGAAAAGUUUAAAAUUUAUACAAUGAAAUUUAACAGAAUU